GCUAUCGUGGUGACAGAUGGAGAGAGGAUUCUUGGUUUAGGAGAUCUAGGAAGUUACGGCAUGGGUAUCCCAGUGGGGAAGCUUGCAUUGUACACAGCUUGUGGUGGAGUUCACCCACAACAGUGUCUCCCUGUCCUGCUGGAUGUUGGCACAGACAACGAGGCUCUCCUGAGUGAUCCACUUUAUAUUGGACUGAAACACAAGAGGGUUCGUGGGAAACAGUACGACGAACUGAUUGACGAGUUUAUGCAGGCAGUUACCGACAAGUACGGCAUGAAUUGCCUGAUCCAGUUUGAAGAUUUUGCCAAUGCUAACGCUUUUCGUCUCCUCAAUAAAUACCGGAACAGAUACUGUACAUUCAAUGAUGAUAUUCAGGGCACUGCGUCUGUUGCAGUUGCUGGCAUCUUUGCAGCCUUAAGGAUCACAAAGAACAAGCUCUCUGACCAUAAGUUUGUUUUCCAGGGAGCUGGAGAGGCUGCAAUGGGCAUAGCUCAUCUCAUCCUCAUGGCCAUGGAAAAGGAAGGAAUUUCACGAGAGGAUGCCAUCAAAAAAAUUUGGAUGGUGGACUCUAAGGGCCUGAUUGUGAAGGGCAGAAGCCACCUGAACCAUGAGAAAGAAAUGUUUGCCCAGGACCACCCCUGUGUGAACACACUGGAAGAGGUUGUGCAAAAAGUGAAGCCUACAGCAAUUAUAGGUGUCGCAGCCAUUGCAGGAGCUUUCACUGAGAAGAUUUUGAAGGACAUGGCAGCCUUCAAUGAGAGGCCCAUCGUGUUUGCCCUGAGCAACCCCACAAGUAAAGCAGAGUGCACAGCAGAGCAGUGCUACCGCCUCACCGAGGGACGGGGAAUAUUUGCAAGUGGGAGUCCAUUCUCAAAGGUAACCCUGCCCAAUGGACAGACCUUCUUUCCUGGCCAAGGAAACAAUGCCUACGUCUUCCCAGGAGUGGCACUGGGAGUCAUCGCCUGUGGAGUCCGGCACAUCUCUGACGAUAUCUUCCUCAUCACAGCAGAGUCUAUUGCUGCUGAGGUGACAGAGCAGAAUCUUGCAGAAGGAAGACUGUAUCCCCCCUUGGACAGCAUCAGAGAGGUGUCUCUCAAAAUCGCUGUGAAAAUUGUUGACUGGGCCUACAAGCAUGGUCUUGCUUCUUGGUACCCCGAGCCAGCAGACAAGGAAGCCUUUGUGAAACGGCUCGUUUACAGUCCUGAUUAUGAUUCGUUUGUUAUUGAUGAUUACAGGUGGCCCCCCGCAGCCAUGCAAACACAAGAUGUAUAAGUUUUUGUGAGAACUGUUUUCUCAUUUUUCCAUCGGUUCCUAUGGUUCGUAUCAUUGCUGAUAUAAAUGCACCUCCAGGCUUGCAGAAUGAUAAAAGUAAAUGAAUCCAAA